AUGCCCAUGCUCGGCAUCCCUCCCGAGGGCGACAUUGGGGCUGGCAGCAUCAAGCCCGACUGUCCUGACCACGAGGCCGAAUUGCCGACUCCCCAUCUGCCGCACUACGCUGCGUCCCCUAACGACCGCAUCCCGCUCUCCCAACUAGCAGAGGCAUCCUCCGGUGACAGCAGCCUCCAAAGCCCAGCGAGGACCGAGGUUUGCCAGGUCAAUCGGGCUCCGAAGACGCCCAAGCAGAGCUGCCAGUGCCGGGGCUGCGGGCUGGCUCGGCGGAGAGCGUGCCGGUGGAAAGAGCAGGCAGCAGGCACAGGGGUCCGUGCUGGGGCAGACUGGUUCCUCCUGGACAGCCGGACGGUUCGCCACGCUGCCAUCGGCUUGUUCUGCUGCGGGGUCUCAGUCUACCUAACAGCUCUUGCCAUCUACAUGCUGCUGCUGUUUGAACUGGAGGCCGGCAUUGCCAGCGCCUGCAUUCUCUCCUCCGGCAUCAUCGUCCUGCUGAUCACGGUGACGCACGCCCUGGUACGGGCUUCCCAGGUUUCACGCCGCAGCCACUCCGAGGUCUCUCACACCCUGUACGAGAACGACUCUGCCCAGCACGGCGAAUCCUCCGCCGGCGAUCUGAACAACAAGAACGUGGCUGCACCCCGGCCCCGGCCCGAGAUCCACCGGGAGUUUUCCUUCCCUCCUUUCCUGGAGCGCAAAUCCCAGCUGGGCUCUCCAGCCAGCAGCAACCUCACCUCCUCGGGCAGCCCCGGGCUUCGCUCCGAGAAGGAGAGCUACAACCUGCCCCGAACGCACAGGACGCUGUCGGCGGAGUCAGGCCUGCUGCAGGUACAGGGCAAGCCCUGGAACGGCAUCACCCAGGAGAUGAGGAACAUGCUGUCACGCAAACCUGGAGCCUCGGGCAAGGACUCGACUCUGGUGUGA